AUUCGUCCUUUGCUCUCUCACUCAAAUCGCACUUCCACACCUUUCCAACCACACUCGACAUACCCACACCGUCGUCCACACUUCGCAAUGGCUGAGAUCACUCACCCCACGAUCAAGGAUGGCUGGUUCCGCGAGCAAUCCGACAUGUGGCCCGGCCAAGCCAUGACUCUCAAAGUCAACCAAGUCGUUCACCACGAAAAGUCGCAAUACCAAGACGUCCUGAUCUUCGAGUCCUCGGACCACGGCAUGGUCCUCGUUCUCGACAACGUGAUCCAAUGCACCGAGCGCGACGAGUUCGCCUACCAGGAGAUGAUCACCCACCUGGCCAUGUUCGCGCACCCGAACCCGAAGAAAGUGCUCGUGAUUGGAGGUGGUGAUGGAGGUGUGCUGCGCGAAGUGGUCAAGCACGAGAGCGUGGAAGAGGCCACACUGUGCGAUAUCGAUGAGGCGGUUAUCAGGUUGAGCAAGAAGUACCUCCCGGGCAUGAGCGUGGGAUUUCAGCACCCCAAUGUCAAGGUGCAUGUGGGUGAUGGAUUCAAGUUCUUGGAGGACUACAAGGAUACGUUCGAUGUGAUCAUUACGGACUCGUCGGAUCCCGAGGGUCCUGCAGAGAGUCUGUUCCAGAAGCCAUACUUUGAGUUGUUGCACGGAGCUUUGAGAGAAGGUGGCAUUAUCUCGACUCAAGCUGAGAACCCAUGGCUCCAUCUCAACAUGAUCACCGAGUUGAAGAAGUCGGUCAAGACCGUCUUUCCAGUCGCCGAGUACGGCUGGACCACGAUCCCGACCUACCCAUCCGGCCAGAUCGGAUUCAUGGUAUGCUCCAAGGACGGAAGCAGGAACGUCAAGAAGCCGCAGCGUACAUUGAGCGAUGAGGAAGAAGACAAGUUGUUCAAGUACUACAGCAGCAAGAUCCACGAGGCGGCGUUUGUGCUGCCCAAGUUUGUGGAGCAGAAGUUGCGUUGAGCUCUUGAUGGGUUGGGCCGGGAGGACGAUCAAUGGGAUUUCAAGAUGGAAAUUGGUAAACACUAUCAAAGCUGACAUAUCGGCGGGCCGUUCAAGGCAGAUAGAGUCACAAUUGGAGAAUGGACGGCGUCUCGAU